GUCUCUCUCUCUCUCUCUCACCCCACACUUCACCAUCUCUGCUAAUUCUCCAACUUUCUUUUUUCCCCUUUUCAAGUGAGUUUCCUUUGAUAGGAUAUUAGCUAAAUCCUCUAAUCUCUACAAUUUCAUUCUCUCUUUCUCUCUUUGCUAAUCUUGGAGCUCAAACAUCUCUGUUUCUUCAGAGUAGUACUCCACGAAAGUUGCCGUCUUUAAUGAGUCGAACUUGAGAGUGAAUCUCCAGAAAGAAAGAAAAUGAGAUCGAACUGUUGUUCUUUACCUCUUCUACGGCUGUCUCUUCUUCUUGGCCUCUUCUUCAUCUCCUGUGAUGCCUUCGCCUCUAACGAAGUUGAAGCUCUAAGAAGAUUCAAGGAAGCAAUCUAUGAAGACCCUUUCCUAGUUAUGUCUAACUGGAACGACCCCAAUUCACAUCCUUGCGCUUGGUCCGGCGUUACUUGCUCUCCCUCUAAAGACCAUGUCAUCAAGAUAAACAUAUCUGCUUCAUCUAUUAAAGGGUUUCUUGCGCCUGAGUUGUGUCAAUUAACCUUCCUUCAGGAACUAGUCUUACAUGGGAACCUUCUACUCGGGACAAUACCAAAGGAGAUUGGCAAGUUGAGUAAUCUCAAGAUCUUGGACUUAGGAAACAAUCAUCUCAUGGGUCCUAUCCCCGCUGAGGUCGGGAGUUUGUCCAGCAUUAUCAUCAUAAACCUUCAGUCCAAUGGUUUAACGGGAAAGCUGCCUUCAGAGAUUGGUAACUUGAAGUACCUUAAAGAACUUCAUAUCGACAGGAAUAGGCUUCAGGGAAGUCUUCUCGCCGCUGGAUCAUCUGGCUAUCCGUCAAAAUUGUUUUCUUCAAAUUCAAGUGCUAAUACUGCUGGUCUGUGCAAGUCUUCUCAGUUGAAAGUAGCUGACUUUUCAUACAACUUCUUUGUGGGAAACAUUCCAAAGUGUUUGGAGCACUUUCCAAGGACGAGCUUUCAAGGGAACUGCAUGCAAAACAAGGAUCUUAAGCACAGACCAUCUUCCCAAUGCGGUAACGCACAGCUGGUCAAAACUCAUGAAAGUCCCAGCUCCCCACCAAAGCACCAGUCAGCUGAAAUUGUGGCUAAGCAUCAUAAAACAUCAAGACCUAAGUGGCUUCUUGCGCUUGAGAUAGUCACAGGAUCAAUGGUCGCUUUGUUCUGCCUGGUUGCACUUUUCUCAGCAGUUCACCGCUGGCAAAACAGGCCUUCUCUCAUCAUUCCUUGGAAGAAAUCUUCAAGCCUAAAGGAAAAGUUCGCAGUCUACGUUGAUUCUGAAAUGCUCAAGGAUGUCUCGAGAUUCACAAGGCAAGAGCUUGAGGUGGCGUGUGAAGACUUCAGCAACAUCAUUGGUUUAUCUGCUGAUAGUCAGGUCUAUAAAGGAACAAUGAAAGGUGGACCUGAGAUUGCUGUGAUCUCUCUUUGCGUCAAAGAAGAAGAUUGGACCGGAUACCUCGAGCUCUAUUUCCAGAGAGAGGUUGCAGAUUUGGCUAGACUGAACCACGAGAACGCAGGGAAACUGCUGGGAUACUGCAAAGAGACCUCACCGUUUGCAAGAAUGCUUGUUUUUGAGUAUGCAUCAAACGGAACGCUAUACGAGCACCUCCACUAUGGGGAAGCGGCUUUGGUAUCAUGGGCAAGACGGAUGAAGAUUGUCAUAGGCAUUGCACGCGGUCUCAAGUACCUUCAUAUGGAACUGGAUCCUCCAUUUACAAUCUCUGAGCUGAGCUCAAACGCGAUCUAUCUUACAGAAGAUUUUACUCCCAAGCUGGUUGAUUUUGAAUGCUGGAAGACGAUUCUUGCGAGAUCAGAGAAGAAUUUGAGAAAUAUUAACAGUGAAGGUGCGGUAUGCGUGCUCCCAAACGCAAUGGAGAGUCGAUAUCUGGAUGUGUCUGGUAAUAUAUAUGCAUUUGGUGUUCUUUUGCUGGAGAUUGUGAGCGGAAGACCUCCUUUCUGCAAAGACAGAGGCUUCUUAAUUGAAUGGGCAAAGGAGUAUCUUGAAACACCAGAGGCAAUGACGAGUUUGGUGGAUCCAGAGCUGAAGCAUUUUAACCAAGAAGAGCUUGAAACGGUGUGUGAGGUGGCGAGGCAAUGCUUGAACAGGGAUCCGAACAACAACAGCAACAAUAACAACAAGCCAUCAGUGCAGGAGUUAUGUGAGACGUUGGAGAGUAGAAUCAGUUUGUCGAUUUCCGCAGAGCUUAGAUCAUCUUCUUUGGCUUGGGCUGAGCUCGCGCUUGACUCGUGAUGAGUGCUGAAUGAUGACGAAUGGCUAACUGGAAAACCAAAACACCACCCCAACUCAUGUAAAUCAGUCGACACGUUUUAAAGUUGUUAUUGUUCUCUUAUCUUGACGAGUGUGUGUUCUGAGUUUCUUACGUGUUACUUUUGUUCUUGAUUAGUUUUGGUGGGUGUGUGUUUACAGUGUGUUUGUAAAGGAAGAGAUAAACAUAGAGUUUGUAAAAGAUUUUUUAAAUUUGGAAAUUCUAUGAGAAGUUAAAGAA